UCUGAACAUCUCUGCAACAGAGUUCUCCCUUCUGGCCUCCACCUUCAUACUUACCUCCCCUCCUCCUCCACAUUCCAUACCUUGAAAGCUCCAUCCAUGUACCCCCAUGAGGUUGCUGGCUUACAAUAUGGAGGCCAGCUAGACUUGCUAAGGUUCUUUGGAGUUUAUGCAAGCCAGGUCCAAGCCAUGUGUUCAGUAGAUGGAGUUUGUUUGCCUAGUUCUGGCCCUGGUAACAACUCAACAUCAGAUGAGGCUGAUAAGCACCAAGCAAGCCUUGUGCAUGAGAGGAGGAAGAGAAGGAUGAUAUCAAAUAGAGAGUCGGCUCGGCGGUCGCGCAUGAGGAAGCAGAGGCACCUGGAUGAGCUGCGGUCACAGGUGGUGUACCUCCGCGCCACCAACCGAAGGCUCAUCGACGAGAUCAACCAAGUGAUGGAGGAGCGAGAUCGGAUCCUCCAAGAGAACUCCUGGCUCAGGGAGGAAGCAUCUGAUCUACAAAAAAAGCUCGAUGACAUGCAGGUGAAGAGCACAACUAGUGCUGCUCCAAGAGCUCCAGAUGAAGCAUGAAAAGUUUCUGGCAUCUUGCAUCCACCAGGGAUAUGAUUCACCGAGGGAGAUCUUUUUGUAGUGUAAUUUCUAUCUCUCAUUGUUCUCUGUUUGUCUUCUUUUAGAUGUGAAGUUUAUUUGUAUCCAGUUGUAGCAGAAAGCUCUACUACUAGCUUCGCUACUCAGUUCAAGAUUACAGCAGGAAGGAAGGAAAGAGAUGAGCAAAAGCUGUGCGUCAGA